AGUUGUACCAAAGUGAUCUUGUCAUUGAACAACCACGAGUCAUUCUAGUACUACUUACCGUCAGGUUUGAGUAAAUACUUACACCAGACCAACUCGGCUGCCGACUCGCCAUUACACCAUUACAUCCUUCAGGUCACUCUACGUCCGUCGACCUCAGGCACGAGGCCCGUGCUCGCAGGCUCUCGACAACUGAUAUGUUUACCACGUCAACGAGCAGCAACUAUGAGCGUCUUGAGGGCGGCUUUGGUCCAGGUCGUACGACUAAGAUGCUAGCAUGGAAAAAGUUCGCAAUUGGCGCUGCAGUGCUCAUUUCCGUGGUCUGGUUUUUUGGACCGAGAUCAAGCAUAGAAUUGAUACCUGACUCGCCGAUGCCCGGAAUAGACGAUGCUUAUCCCCCAGCUUCACAUAUACCGACAACAACAGCUCCUUCGAAUCCAUCAGAGGAUAAAAUUGACAUUCACAAGACUACUACUACCUCGCCACCCUCCAAAACCUCCUUCCCUACCUCCCCUGAAACAGACCCAGACCUCCUCAAAACUGUGCACUGUACUUCCCCGCAUUCUCCUUCCCUCCCUCUUGUGCAGUAUGCCCUCAUGAUUGAUGCUGGUUCUACUGGCUCGCGCAUUCACAUCUACAAAUUCCACAACUGCGGGCCCUCGCCAACAUUUGAGUACGAGGUUUUCCGCAUGACUCAACCAGGGCUCUCUUCGUAUGCAGGACUUCCAACAGUAGCGGCAGAAAGUCUUGAUCCUCUCCUUGACGAAGCCAUGAACGUGGUACCAGAAUCCCUGCGUGGUUGCACGCCCGUCGCUGUUAAAGCCACCGCUGGGCUUCGACUUCUCGGCGCCCGCCAAAGCGAAGACAUUCUCAAAGCAGUGCAUGACCACAUCUUCUCCAAAUAUCCCUUCCCGUUCCCCGAUAAGGAUGGUGUGGUUAUCAUGGAUGGCAAAGACGAGGGCGUUUAUGCGUGGAUCACUGCGAACUAUCUUCUCAAUACUAUUAGAGGUGAUUCGCCCGAGGACGAGCCGCCCUAUGCUGUACUCGAUUUGGGUGGAGGUUCCACGCAGAUUGUGUUCGAACCCCAGUUUGGCGAUGAGAAAGGCGAUGAGAGUCUUAAGGAGGGCGAGCACAAGUAUGAGCUUGAGUUCGGUGGGGCUAAGCGAGUGUUGUACCAGCACUCGUAUCUUGGAUAUGGCCUCAAGAGCGCUCGAGAGAGCGUACAUCGCGUCGUCCAAUUCAUGGAUUCUCUGAGGUCUAGCAAGAAUGGCGGUAACGAUCGGAUAAAAAUGAUUCACAAUCCAUGCUUGGCUCAGGGGUCGGUGAAAGAGGUGAAGCUUCCUGCGGGGGACGGCGAUGCCAUGACAGUGACGAUGACGGGAUCGGAUAUUGGCAGUUUUGAGGCUUGUAAUCGUGUCUUGGAGCUUGUCAUGGCAAAGGAUGACGUUUGUGAACUCAAACCUUGCUCUUUCAACGGUGUUUACCAGCCAUCACUCCUGGACGCCUUCCCUAACGGAAAAAUCCUUCUUCUCUCGUAUUUCUUCGAUCGGGUCACUCCAUUGCUUUUAGCAGGCUCGUCACCAGACCACCCCCAACCCCCCAUGUCAAUCUCAACAUUCGCUACGCUUGCUAAACGGGUCUGCGCAGGACCUACCAGCUGGGAACAGUACUGGGGUGCAUAUCCCGAUAUCAUGGAGGAACUCGAAGGUCGACCAGAGUGGUGCCUUGAUCUCAGUUUCCAGCACGCCUUGCUGGUCCUUGGCUACGAGUUUAGUGAUGAUCGGGAGGUGCAGCUUGGGAAGCGUAUUGAAGGCACAGAACUUGGAUGGUGUCUUGGUGCCACGAUAGCGAUCGUGGGCGGAAAUCUACGUUGUCGGGUAUAGGUGUGUGCCCAAAAGAACAGUUGAGUGGAGUCGUCAUAUCACAAAGUAGCAGUGGACUUUUCAUUACACGUUCAAUAUGCAGCGCUCAGCUCUGCAACUGGAACACGUAUAAUUUAUCUGAUUCACGUCUGACAUUUUGCUAUGUCUGCUCUAAUUUCAUCCAGUCUCGCAUGCGCAGACCGUACGCGGGAGGUUUAGGCAUAAUAAUAUCUUCCAGAUCUUCCAAAGAUGAGAACUUGUCUGAGAUCCUCUAGGCGACAGUGCGGGUACCGUACCCCGUCAUUGACAGGCGGCUAUUCCCGGGCGUAAUCAUGAUGAGGUACCGCGUGAACCAUUCCAAGUAAACUUCUGAU